AUGCUGUUCAAAUUCAGCCUCCUCCUUUUCUCAGCCGUCGCAUUCGCCGCCACAGAAAUCACCAUCCCCUCCGACCUCUCGGACGGCACAUGGCUUGUCGACCUCGCAAACCCAACCCCCGACUUCCAAUUUCUCGGCGAACUGAGCGGAAACCUCACAGGCGACCUCCUCCUCGAAGAUACACCCGAGAAACGCUGGUCCAGCGGCUUUCAACCUCCCACAGACCAAGAGAUCUCAUGCUACAAAACAUGGCUACCCUUACAUGGCUUCCGCCACAUUAGAUAUUGGUUUAAAAAGAAGUGUGAUGAAGGCCUGGUGGUUGCGACUAACAAGCUAUGGCUGGUUAAAGUUAAAGACUGGGCUGGAUAUUUCUGUACUGAUGACCGUCCUUAUCAGUGCAAAACGGAGCAGUAUAAUACGAUGCGUGAGGUUGUCGAGGUUAAUUGCGGGAGGAGAUUUGGUGGACAGGUGCAUUGGCCUGGUAUGAGUGUUACGUUUGGAAAGACAUUUGGUCGCCGGGUGCGCUGCGAGUCUGGAGCAGAUUGA